UAAACUAUGGGUAGAAAGAACAACACCAAUGUGCCUGACUUCAUCCUUUUGGGACUCACAGACUCUGAAGAGGCCCGGCUGGUUCUCUUUCAUCUAUUUCUGCUGAUCUACCUGGUUACUGUGCUGGGGAACACAGGGAUGAUCCUCAUCAUCCGCCUGGACCACCAGCUGCACACGCCCAUGUAUUUCUUCCUCAGUCACCUGUCAUUCCUUGAUCUCAGCUACUCAUCAGUCAUUACCCCUAAAACCUUGGAAAACCUAAUAUUUGUCACCAAGCAUAUUUCAUUUGUAGGCUGUUUUGCUCAAAUGUAUUUUUUUGUCCUUUUGGGUGCCACAGAAUGUUUUGUUCUCUCUGCAAUGGCCUAUGAUCGCUAUGUAGCUAUCUGCAAACCUCUACAAUACCCAGUCAUUAUGUCCAUGUCACUCUGCCGAUCUCUCAUCGCUGUAUCCUACUUGAUUGGCUUUUUUGAUUCCUGUAUUACUGUGCUGGGCAUUUACACCCUGCAUUUCUGCAAUUCCAAUGUCAUUCAUCAUUUUUUCUGUGACAUCACUCCAAUUUUAACCCUCUCCUGCACUGACACACAUGAAGUUGAGUUCACA